GCAGCCCGGCCGGCGCGCGCACGCCGCGAGCCGCUGGCGCUCGGGCUCCGCUCGGAUUCCAUGCAACAGCCAGGAUGUGAAGCGGGGCAAAGCCGGGGGAACCCAACCCAGCCAGCCUCCAGACGCUGCCAGUCUGACACUCCGCUCAAGGCCUGUCUGUAAGGACCGGGGGGCCACCCCCCUCCAGGGAGGAGGCCGGAGGCUGCAGGUCCCUGCCAAGCAUGGCGCCUGCCCGGGGCCCCGGCGUGGCGUCCGUGGUUGGCCCCGUGGGCUUCCUCGUGGUCCUGCUGGUCGGAGGCUGCGCCGCAGAAGAGCCCCCCAGGUUCAUCAAAGAGCCCAAGGACCAGAUCGGAGUUUCAGGGGGCGUGGCAUCCUUUGUGUGCCAGGCCGCAGGAGACCCCAAGCCGCGGGUGACCUGGAACAAGAAGGGCAAGAAGGUCAAUUCGCAGCGCUUUGAGACCAUUGAGUUUGACGAGAGUGCGGGAGCCGUGCUGAGGAUCCAGCCGCUGCGGACGCCUCGCGACGAGAACGUGUACGAGUGUGUGGCCCAGAACGCUGUCGGGGAGAUCACGGUCCACGCCAAGCUCACUGUCCUCCGAGAAGACCAGCUGCCCCCUGGCUUCCCCAACAUUGACAUGGGCCCCCAGCUGAAGGUGGUUGAGCGGACUCGGACGGCUACGAUGCUCUGCGCUGCCAGUGGCAACCCUGACCCCGAAAUCACCUGGUUCAAGGACUUCCUGCCUGUGGACCCCAGUGCCAGCAACGGGCGCAUCAAGCAGCUGCGGUCAGGGGCCCUCCAGAUUGAAAGCAGCGAGGAGACCGACCAGGGCAAAUACGAGUGUGUGGCCGCCAACAGCGCGGGCGUGCGCUACUCCUCGCCCGCCAACCUCUACGUGCGAGAGCUUCGAGAAGUCCGCCGCGUGGCCCCUCGAUUCUCCAUCUUACCCAUGAGCCACGAGAUCAUGCCAGGUGGCAACGUGAACAUCACCUGCGUGGCCGUGGGCUCGCCCAUGCCAUACGUCAAGUGGAUGCAGGGGGCGGAGGACCUGACGCCGGAAGAUGACAUGCCCGUGGGUCGGAAUGUGCUGGAACUCACGGAUGUCAAGGAUUCUGCCAAUUACACAUGCGUGGCCAUGUCCAGCCUGGGUGUCAUCGAGGCCGUGGCCCAGAUCACAGUGAAGUCUCUGCCCAAAGCCCCGGGGACUCCCGUGGUGACGGAGAACACAGCCACCAGCAUCACCAUCACCUGGGACUCGGGCAACCCGGACCCUGUGUCCUACUACGUCAUCGAGUACAAAUCCAAGAGCCAGGACGGGCCCUAUCAGAUCAAGGAGGACAUCACCACGACGCGCUACAGCAUUGGGGGCCUGAGCCCCAACUCUGAGUAUGAGAUCUGGGUGUCUGCUGUCAACUCCAUCGGGCAGGGCCCCCCGAGCGAGCCCGUGGUCACCCGCACAGGCGAGCAGGCGCCGGCCAGCGCCCCCAGGAACGUGCAGGCCCGCAUGCUGAGCGCCACCACCAUGAUCAUCCAGUGGGAGGAGCCCGUGGAGCCCAACGGCCUGGUCCGGGGGUACCGGGUCUACUACACCAUGGAGCCCGAGCACCCCGUGGGCAACUGGCAGAAGCACAAUGUGGAUGACAGCCUGCUGACCACCGUGGGCAGCCUGCUGGAGGACGAGACCUACACGGUGCGCGUGCUGGCCUUCACCUCCGUGGGAGACGGGCCCCUCUCGGACCCCAUCCAGGUCAAGACGCAGCAGGGAGUGCCUGGCCAGCCCAUGAACUUCCGGGCAGAGGCCAAGUCGGAGACCAGCAUUGGGCUCUCAUGGAGCCCCCCAAGGCAAGAAAGCAUCAUCAAGUACGAGCUGCUGUUCCGCGAAGAACCGUCCGCCCCCCCUCAAGACGUUAAAUGUGUCAGCACGCGUUCCACGGCCAUUUUGGUAAGUUGGCGCCCACCGCCGCCGGAAACGCACAACGGGGCCCUGGUGAGCUAUAGCGUCCGCUACCGACCGCUGGGCUCAGAGGACCCGCAGCCCAAGGAGGUGAACGGCAUCCCCCCGACCACCACUCAGAUCCUGCUGGAGGCGCUGGACAAGUGGACGGAGUACCGCAUCACGACUGUCGCUCACACAGAGGUGGGGCCAGGGCCCGAGAGCUCGCCCGUGGUCAUCCGCACCGACGAGGACGGUAAGCACUGGCCCCGCCCGGGACCCCCGAAGACUGCAGCCCAGUCCCCGCCUCGGAAACUUCUGUCUGGAAAACUGGGCUGGCUGGUGGUCAGGGGUAGACGCCACAGCAUGACAGGGAGACGCGUGAGGCAAGCAGCUGCCGCGCGGAGUCCCGGGCUCCCCGGGCGCUCACCUCCUGCUCUCUCCCCUGCCGCCGCCUCCCGCGCUCAGUGGGAGAUGGAUGACAUGGCCGAAUACGAGAUGGUCAUCACCAACCUGCAGCCUGAGACGGCCUACUCCGUCACGGUAGCCGCCUACACCAUGAAAGGCGAUGGUGCGCGCAGCAAACCCAAGGUGGUCGUGACCAAGGGAGCAGUGCUGGGCCGCCCCACCCUCUCGGUGCAGCAGACCCCCGAGGGCAGCCUGCUGGCACGCUGGGAGCCCCCAGCCGGCACGGCGGAGGACCCGGUGCUGGGCUACCGCCUGCAGUUUGGCCGCGAGGACUCGUCCCCCCUGGCCACACUGGAGUUCCCGCCCACUGAGGACCACUACACAGCUUUGGGCGUGCACAAGGGGGCCACGUAUGUGUUCCGACUGGCAGCCCGCAGCCGAGGCGGGCUGGGCGAGGAGGCGGCUGAGGCCCUGAGCAUUCCCGAGGACACGCCCCGUGGCCACCCGCAGAUCCUGGAGGCGGCGGGCAACGCCUCGGCCGGCACAGUCCUGCUCCGCUGGCUGCCACCUGUGCCCGCCGAGCGCAACGGGGCCAUUGUCAAGUACACGGUGGCGGUGCGAGAGGCCGGUGCCCUGGGCCCCGCCCGAGAGACCGAGCUGCCCGCGGCGGCCGAGCCGGGCGCCGAGAACGUGCUCACGCUGAAGGGCCUCAAGCCCGACACAGCCUAUGACCUCCAAGUGCGGGCCCACACGCGCCGGGGCCCUGGCCCCUACAGCCCCCCCGUCCGCUACCGGACGUUCCUGCGGGACCAAGUCUCCCCCAAGAACUUCAAGGUGAAGAUGAUCAUGAAGACGUCUGUUCUGCUCAGCUGGGAGUUCCCCGACAACUACAACUCGCCCACUCCCUACAAGAUCCAGUACAACGGGCUCACACUGGACGUGGACGGCCGGACCACCAAGAAGCUUAUCACGCACCUCAAGCCCCACACCUUCUAUAACUUUGUGCUGACCAGCCGAGGCAGCAGCCUGGGUGGCCUCCAGCAAACGGUCACCGCCUGGACCGCCUUCAACCUGCUCAGCGCCAAGCCCAGCGUGGCGCCCAAGCCGGACUCCGACGGCUUCAUCAUGGUGUAUCUGCCUGACGGCCAGAGCCCUGUGCCUGUCCAGAACUACUUCAUCGUGAUGGUGCCCCUGCGCAGGUCUCGUGGAGGCCAGUUCCUGACCCCGCUGGGCAGCCCAGAGGACAUGGACCUGGAGGAGCUCAUCCAGGACAUCUCACGGCUGCAGAGACGCAGCCUGCGGCACUCUCGCCAGCUGGAGGUGCCCCGGCCCUACAUUGCCGCCCGCUUCUCGAUGCUGCCGUCCACCUUCCAUCCCGGUGACCAGAAGCAGUACGGGGGCUUUGACAACAGGGGCCUGGAGCCUGGCCACCGAUAUGUCCUCUUCGUCCUCGCCGUGCUGCAAAAGAGCGAGCCGACAUUUGCAGCCAGCCCCUUCUCAGACCCCUUCCAGCUGGAUAACCCGGACCCUCAGCCCAUCGUGGACGGCGAGGAAGGGCUUAUCUGGGUGAUCGGCCCCGUGCUGGCCGUGGUCUUCAUCAUCUGCAUCGUGAUUGCCAUCUUGCUCUACAAGAAUAAACCCGACAGUAAGCGCAAAGACUCGGAGCCCCGCACCAAAUGCCUGCUGAACAACGCCGACCUCGCCCCCCACCACCCCAAGGACCCCGUGGAGAUGAGACGCAUGAACUUCCAGACACCCGAUUCAGGCCUCAGCAGCCCCCUCAGGGAGCCGGGGUUUCACUUUGAAAGCAUGCUCAGCCACCCGCCCAUCCCCAUCUCCGACAUGGCAGAGCACACCGAGCGCCUCAAGGCCAACGACAGCCUCAAGCUGUCCCAGGAGUACGAGUCCAUCGACCCCGGCCAGCAGUUCACGUGGGAACACUCCAACCUGGAAGUGAACAAGCCCAAAAACCGCUACGCCAACGUCAUCGCCUACGACCACUCCCGGGUCAUCCUGCAGCCCAUCGAGGGCAUCGUGGGCAGCGACUACAUCAACGCCAACUACGUGGACGGCUACCGCCGGCAGAACGCCUACAUCGCCACGCAGGGCCCGCUGCCCGAGACCUUCGGCGACUUCUGGCGGAUGGUGUGGGAGCAGCGUUCUGCCACCAUCGUCAUGAUGACGCGGCUGGAGGAGAAGUCACGGAUCAAGUGUGACCAGUACUGGCCCAGCAGGGGCGCGGAGACCUACGGCUUCAUCCAGGUCACGUUGCUGGACACCAUCGAGCUGGCCACGUUCUGUGUGCGGACGUUCUCUCUGCACAAGAACGGCUCCAGUGAGAAGCGCGAAGUCCGCCAGUUUCAGUUCACGGCUUGGCCGGACCAUGGGGUGCCCGAGUACCCAACGCCGUUCCUGGCUUUCCUGCGGAGAGUCAAGACCUGCAACCCCCCAGAUGCAGGCCCCAUCGUGGUCCACUGCAGCGCUGGCGUGGGCCGCACGGGCUGCUUCAUCGUCAUCGACGCCAUGCUCGAGCGCAUCAAGCCGGAGAAGACCGUGGACGUGUACGGCCACGUGACGCUCAUGCGGUCGCAGCGCAACUACAUGGUGCAGACCGAGGACCAGUACAGCUUCAUCCACGAGGCCCUGCUGGAGGCCGUGGGCUGCGGCAACACCGAGGUGCCGGCCCGCAGCCUCUACGCCUACAUCCAGAAGCUGGCGCAGGUGGAACCCGGCGAGCACGUCACCGGCAUGGAGCUGGAGUUCAAGCGGCUGGCCAACUCCAAAGCCCACACGUCCCGCUUCAUCAGUGCCAACCUGCCUUGCAACAAGUUCAAGAACCGCUUGGUGAACAUCAUGCCCUACGAGAGCACGCGGGUCUGCCUGCAGCCCAUCCGGGGCGUGGAGGGCUCUGACUACAUCAACGCCAGCUUCAUUGACGGCUACAGGUACUCGCAGCGGCCGCGGUGGGGCUCUGGCCUUUGCCCAGUGAUGCUGGGGGGGCCCCGCCCUGCCCACAAGGGGCUUUUGCAGUCGGGCAACUGCAGGACAGGCGAGGCCAGCUCCGGGCAGGCUCCGGAAGCGACGGUCUCCGGAUGUGCGUUUAGCCGGCGGCCCCGACGGGCGUUUCCGCCGUCCCCUGCGUCGGUGUUUCUUCAUCGGGGCGUUUCUCCUGCCCCCCGAGACUGGGCGGGUCUAGAAGUGGGGCAGUGCUGGCCUCCAGUAAGUGGGGGCGGGCUGCUGCUCAGCACCCUGCAGUGCACGGAACAGCCCGCGGCAGGAAACACUGCCCGCCGCGGGCGCCCGCUGCUGCCCGAGGGGAGGGUCCAGGCGGAGGCCCAGGGCCCGAGCGGGGCCCUGAGGGAAAAAUGUCACCAGUACUGGCCAGCCGAGCGCUCCGCCCGCUAUCAGUACUUCGUGGUGGAUCCGAUGGCCGAGUACAACAUGCCGCAGUACAUCCUGCGGGAGUUCAAGGUCACAGAUGCCCGGGAUGGUCAGUCUCGGACUGUCCGGCAGUUCCAGUUCACGGACUGGCCAGAACAGGGUGUGCCAAAGUCAGGGGAGGGCUUCAUUGACUUCAUUGGCCAAGUCCACAAGACCAAGGAGCAGUUCGGCCAGGAUGGCCCCAUCUCUGUCCACUGCAGCGCUGGCGUGGGCAGGACGGGCGUCUUCAUCACGCUCAGCAUUGUGCUGGAGCGGAUGCGGUACGAAGGCGUGGUGGACAUCUUCCAGACGGUGAAGAUGCUGCGGACCCAGAGGCCAGCCAUGGUGCAGACGGAGGACGAGUACCAGUUCUGUUACCAGGCGGCGCUGGAGUACCUCGGGAGCUUCGACCACUAUGCAACCUAAAGCCAUGGCCGGCCUGCGGCCUCCGCCCGCGGUGAGCCCGAGAGGCUGGACUCGGCCGGCGGCGCGGCGGUUCUGCACGUCUCGGGGAAUGAGGCGGCCCUGCAGCCCCCCACGGCCCCGGCAGCCCCCCGGCACCAGCUGCCGCCCUCAGAUACUCGGCACAUUCCUCAUUUCCUUCCGAUUCCAAAACAGGAGAUUCCGGGGUGGGGGUGGGGGGUGGUGAACAAACAGGGGUUCUCCCCAGAACCAGAGGACAGGGGUGCGGGCCUUGGAUUGACCCCUCGUCCUCCCCCCGCGCCGUCCUGCCCACGCCUGGGGGCGCCGGGCUGGGGGCAGAAUUCAGCUUUCUUGGGAACUCGGUGUAACUGUAACCAGUGACAUUUCCUUUUUUUAAAUAGUGUAUUUUUUUUCUUUUUUCUUUUUUUUUUUUUAAAGAAGAAACAAAACAGAAAAAAAGACGCGCCAGUCAAUGAAUUUUAAAACUUUGCUUAUUGUUCCUAUUCUGUUCACAGACUCUUUUUUCCACCGCAGCAGGCGUCUCGCGCGGCGGGCCCCCGCCGGACGUGUGCCUUGCUCCCGAGUGGGCCGUCCCCUUGCGCCUGGUUUCUUCUCUUCCCUUUUUUGCUUUUGUUUUUGAUCGACUCCUCAGACAUAUCACGGCCAGCUCCGAGGACAGGGCGGCCGGCAGCUCAGGCCACCAGCCGGGGCCUGGCCCCUCCGAGGUGGGCCCUGCCUCAGACACGACGGCAGCGACCCCCUCACUGCCCGAGCCCCCCGCCCCCCGCCCCAGGGAGGACCGAACAAGACGGGGGGUCCCCCCUUCUCCCCGGGGGGAGAGAAGCCCCGUGCUGCCCUGGAUCAGGGACCCCGCCCCCCUGGGACUCCGGGGCAGUUCUGGGACAAAAGCGGGAGGACGGGACCCCCCAGCCCCGAGCAAGUGAGUUUUUCUCUUUGUACGAGAGGGGAUCGGCCGCUGCUUUCAGCGCCAUCGGCCAGUAGAAGCAGCGGGUGGUCCCCACCUCUGUGUAUGUAGAUAUAUCGACUUUGUAUUAAAGGAGAUCGUCCGACCGGCCAG